GCUGCCCCUCAGGGACGUUCAAGGCCAGCCAAGGGGAUGAAGGAUGUGUCCACUGUCCCAUCAACAGCCGGACAACCUCAGAGGGGGCCACGAACUGCGUGUGCCGGAACGGAUAUUACCGGGCAGACGCCGACCCCGUGGACAUGCCGUGCACCACCAUCCCAUCCGCCCCCCAGGCCGUCAUCUCCAGCGUGAACGAGACCUCCCUGAUGCUGGAGUGGACCCCCCCCCGGGACUCAGGAGGGCGGGAGGACCUGGUGUACAACAUCAUCUGCAAGAGCUGCGGGUCGGGCCGGGGGGCCUGCACGCGCUGCGGGGACAACGUGCAGUUCGCCCCCCGCCAGCUGGGGCUGACGGAGCCCCGGAUCUACAUCAGCGACCUGCUGGCACACACCCAGUACACCUUCGAGAUCCAGGCUGUCAACGGCGUCACCGACCAGAGCCCCUUCUCCCCGCAGUUUGCGUCCGUGAACAUCACCACCAACCAGGCUG